GACAGCAGCUGAGCCAUAGUGUGGACCUGGGACGCUGGACAAAGUUCAGGGUAGGGAGUUAAAAAGACAGACUUCUGUCACACCUGUAUAUACACAUACACACAAACACACACAAUAUUAUACUGGUGCUUGGAGGGAAUAAUUUUGAAGGUUUGACCAAAACAAGAGUCAUGUAAAAGAUGCAAUUCAAGUCAAGCUAACUACAGCUAAAUCAUCCUGCAACUGGAACAAACAUGGCAACCAGCAAAACUAACAGUAAGGUGGUGCAUCGUGCUAAUGGACAGGAAUCUCAUAGUAAUUCUUCUUCCACAGAGAACCGACCUGUCAGACAGGAUGCCAAAAAUACUGAGGAUAUGCUGCAGUGGACAAUGCAUGUAGAGCGGAUAAAAACUGAGGUCAUCAAGCAUGCAAAAGCUCAGAUAAGUGAAAUGUUGGACAAAGUGCUUACAGACUCAUUGCAAUCAUUAUCCCAAAGCACACAUUCCAAUGCAGUGGAGAAUGCUCAACAGACUGAUGGAAAUGCUAGGAGACAUAGAAUACAGGAUGGAAAGGUGUUUGUGGCCAGACAGUCCAUGCUUGAUGAGCUGUUUGAGAUCAGUCACAUCCAGACAAUUUAUCACAUGUUCAUUGCUGCUCUAUUGCUCUUCAUCAUCAGCACAUUAGCAGUGGAUUUCAUUGACCAGGGCAGGCUGGUUCUAGAAUUUGACUUAUUCUUUUAUGCCUUUGGUCAGCUGGGAACUGUCAUUUGGGCCUGGUUUAUCAUGUUCAUUUACACUCUUCUUGGACCAUACCAUAUUCUUAACCAGUGGAGUGAACUGUACAGUCAAUACCAGUGGAAGAUGUUAGUGUCAGUAGCAACAGCUGUGGUGCUGUUGGGAGCUCAGAUGAGUGUUCUGGGGUAUUUUCCUGUGUAUGUCGUCCUGCACUACCAGUUGCCCCCAGCAUCACGCUUCAUCAUCAUCCUUGAACAGAUACGAUUCCUGAUGAAAAGCUACUCCUUUAUGCGGGAGACGGUGGUGGCAGUCCUUAGAGACAAAUCAAAAAAAGGUGAAGCUGCCAGAUUUCCGACUCUUUCCAGUUAUCUAUAUUUCCUGUUUUGCCCCACUCUUAUCUACAGGGAGUCAUACCCUCGAAAUCCUUAUAUUAGAUGGAACUAUGUGAGGAGGAACUUUGCAAUGAUUUUGGGAAGUCUGUUCUACCUCUACUUUAUCCUGGUCCGUCUGGUUAUUCCUGUGUAUAUGAAUGAGAGCAAUCAGCCUUUCAGUCGACGCACUUUGGUUCUGGCUGUGUUUCACUCAACUUUACCAGGUAUGCUGAUGCUCCUACUAGGCUUUUUUGCUUUUCUGCACUGUUGGCUCAAUGCCUUUGCUGAGAUGCUCCGCUUUGCUGAUCGGAUGUUUUACAAAGACUGGUGGAACUCCACCUCCUUCGCUAAUUAUUACCGCACCUGGAACAUUGUGGUGCAUGACUGGCUCUAUUAUUAUGCCUACCGGGAUUUCCUCUGGUUAUCAGGCCAUCGUCUCCGUUCACUAGCCACCCUGUCUGUGUUUGCAGUUUCAGCUUUUGUUCAUGAAUAUGCUUUUACAAUGGGCUUUGGCUUUUUUUACCCUGUGAUGUUUUGUCUUUUCGCAAUUAUUGGAGUAUUGUUCAACUUCACCCUCAAUGACAAGCGCAAGGGUCCUAUGUGGAAUAUUAUUAUGUGGACAUGUCUGUUCAUUGGCCAAGGUGUGCAGGUGUGCUUAUACUGCCUGGAAUGGUAUGCUCAGAUUCACUGUCCACGUUCUGGGACUGGGUUCUGGGAGUUGGUGACACCAAAAUCCUGGACAUGUAAUUAUAAGGGAUAACAUCUAAUGCAGUCUAAUGCUGGUACAGUCUCAUGCCACAGUGUUGUCUCCUAUGAUGACUGCAACAAAUCUAGGCUUAAUAAAAGGCAAUAUCAUCAUCAUCAUCAUCAUCAUCAUCAUCAUCAUCAUCAUCAUCAUCAUCUUCAAUCAUUAUCAUCAUCAUCAUCAUUAGUUUUGUGGACACUAACCCAUCAAACUCAUAUCUGGGCCGUUUCUAAACUGUUGCUCAAAUCACAAAUAUUAUUUACUCUUAUGCAUGUAUUUCUUUUCGACUGUAUAUUAUUGUGCUGUGUAGCUCUUGUUCAUAUAAUUAAAUGGUCAACACAGA